UCACCCCGCAAAACACACCAAACGCAAACGCAAACGCAAACCCAAACUCUCAAACUCAAACUCAAACUCUCAAACCCCAAAACUCAAACAAACCCUAAUUUUCUGAUCUCUCAAAACUUCAAUCACCCAAUCUUGCCCUAACCCUUUUUUCAAAUUGACCUCCCUGUCCCCAACGCCAGCUUUCUUCACCAAUUUUUGCUCUUCUCGCUCUGGAUCAGAUUCCUAUUUCUCUUCGACUGUUUCGACUCUUAACUUAAAAGCGGAUGGUUUGAAGGAAAUUUUGGGCAAGUGGUGAUAUUGAAACAUGGGUAGCAGUGAGAUUGAUAAACAGGCAAAAGAGAAGGAGCCGAAGACUCCUCCAGCUACUACAACUGCGCAGGAGCAGUCUACCGCUACUACCACUGGUGCAGUUAAUCCUGACUGGUCGGGAUUUCAGGCAUAUUCUCCUAUACCUCCACAUGGGUUCUUGGCUUCAAGUCCCCAGGCUCCCCCAUAUAUGUGGGGGGUUCAGCAUAUUAUGCCUCCCUAUGGUACCCCUCCACAUCCAUAUGUUGCAAUGUAUCCACAUGGUGGCAUAUAUGCGCACCCAUCCAUUCCGGGAUCUUAUCCUUUUAGUCCUUUUGCCAUGCCUUCUCCAAAUGGAAUGGCUGAGGCUUCUGGAAACACACCUGGCAACAUGGAAGCAGAUGGUAAGCCAUCUGAGGUGAAGGAAAAAUUGCCCAUCAAAAGAUCGAAAGGAAGUUUGGGCAGUUUGAAUAUGAUAACAGGGAAGAAUAAUGAGCAUGGUAAAACAUCAGGUGCAUCUGCUAAUGGAGUUUAUUCUAAAAGUGCUGAGAGUGCAAGUGAAGGUACAAGUGAUGGAAGUGAUGCAAAUUCUCAGAGUGAUUCACAACUGAAGUCGGGGCAAGAUUCUAUGGAAGCUGAAGCAUCUCAAAAUGGAAAUUCUGCACAUGGACCUCAGAAUGGGGGACCAAAUACACCUCAUGCAAUGGUGAAUCCAGCAAUGGCCAUGGUGCCAAUGUCAGGUGCUGGUGCUGCUCCCUUAGCUGUUGCUGGUCCCACCACAAAUUUAAAUAUCGGAAUGGAUUAUUGGGGUGCUCCAACUUCAUCAGCUAUUCCUGGAAUGCGUGGGAAGGUUCCUUCUACUCCUGUUGCAGGAGGAAUUGUUACUGGAUCACGGGACAGUGUUCAGUCACAGCUUUGGCUACAGGAUGAAAGAGAACUUAAGAGACAAAGAAGGAAGCAGUCGAAUAGAGAAUCUGCUCGUCGAUCCAGGUUGCGUAAGCAGGCGGAAUGCGAUGAGCUAGCUCAGCGUGCCGAUGCCUUGAAAGAAGAAAAUUCCAAUCUUAGAUCAGAAGUGAACCGGAUCAGGAGCGAGUAUGACCAGCUACUUGCAGAAAAUGCUUCACUCAAGGUGAUGGAGAGACUUGGGGAAGUUCCUGGGCAUGAAGAUCUAAGGUCUGGCAGGAAUGACCAACAUUUGAGUAGUGACACUCAACAGACUAGGCAAACAGAGCUUGUGCAGGGUGGUCACUAGGAUGUAGCUACCUUGCUUCAUGCUGCUUUCCAGGAGCAUAACCUAACCAAUUAGCAACAGGAAGUUCCUAUUUUGCAUAGCGUGUAGUUGAAAUUUUAUCAAAGCUGACCUUUAUAGCGUUAGGAUCUGUUUAUUUCACAUCCUCCCCCUUUUCCAAUUUGGCCUAUAUAACAUUUUAAGUACCUGAAUGGUGUGUUUAAGUGUGAAACUGAUCGUACCCGUAACUGUUUUAGAGGGUAAUACUCACACUUAUAUCUGUAUUAGAUUGGUUAAUGAAAGUGUAACUCGGAUGGAAUGAUAAUCAACUUAUAUAGAUUUUUUUUUUCCUUCAA